AUGCUGGUCAGAUGGAGUAAAGUGGUUGCGUUUGCUACUGGUGCUUGCGCCUCGGCCUCCUUUCUCCCGCCUCAUCUCGCAAAUGACCCGCGGAACAGCGGCCCUUUGGGAGCUCGAGCAGCAGUCGGUCCAGACCUGCAGUUGUUUAACGACACUCUCGAUGCGCUACGAGUCCUGCAGGAUGCAUAUUUCGAGCCUUGGGUAGGCACGUGGCCUUCGGCCAUCGACUGGACCGCCGCCGUCAUGGGAUCUCACGUUGCCGGUGCCCUUUUGUCCCUCUCUCGCGGCCUGGAGCUUGUUCACCCGGGCAUGGGCGAGGGUUACUUGUUGAAGGAGAACACAAUAUCCCUCUACUUCUCUCAGCUUAUUGGAUUCUACUUCGGCCAGGACGCCUUUGCGAUUCGAGGCCAGGCUUUUGACGACAUGCUCUGGGUUGUUUUGGGCUGGCUUGACGCCGUCAAGUUCAUUGACACCCGCAUUGGGAGGGAUCUAGAGGUGGUCAACUCGGCGACGUUUUCUACAGGAACACCCCAAAAUGAUGGCUGGCAUGGGAAUCUCUGGGUUCCUGCAUUCGCGCACCGAGCGAGGAUAUUCUGGGAACUGGCCUCUGUGGGAUGGGACACAAAACUGUGUGGGGGAGGCAUGAACUGGAACCCACGGCUCACACCAUAUAAGAACGCCAUCACGAACGAACUUUAUAUCGCCGGAUCGAUUUCCAUGUAUAUCUACUUCCCGGGAGAUUCUAACGCCGCUCCAUUUGGCGCUAAUCACGGCCGAAAUAGCCCCCCAGCUGGUGUAUCUACAGACUGGAAACCUCAUGACCCAAUAUACCUAACGGCGGCUGUAGAUGGUUAUGAGUGGUUGGCGUCCUCCAAUAUGACGAAUAGCAAAGGAUUAUAUGUCGAUGGUUUCCACGUAUCUGGCUACGACUCUGGAGGCAACAACACAAAGUGUGACGAGCGCGAUGAGAUGGUAUAUACGUACAACCAGGGCGUUAUUCUCUCGGGUCAGCUCGGCCUUUUUCAAGUCACAGGCAACCCAUCAUAUCUUCGAGAAGGCCAUAGGCUGAUCCAGAGUGUCAUCUGGGCAACUGGAUACGACCUAGCGAGGGACCAGCCGAUAGACGAUCUCGCGCAACUCUUCCCAAAGUUCGUGCCACCCUGGCAUGGACUCGGCAGGGCUGGGAUUCUCGAAGAAGCCUGUGAUAUCAAGGCCAGCUGCUCGCAGGACGGACAGACCUUCAAGGGGAUCUGGAUGCAUCAUUUCACAGCUUUCUGCUCUCCGCUUGAGCCCACCACCGCCAACCAAGAUACCCGCUCAUUUGAUAGCUUGCGUACAGAACAUUCCAUAGCCUGCCAUAGAUAUAUUGGCUGGCUUGAACACAACGCUGCGGCUGCUCGAGGUACCCGCGACAGCGAAGGCAAGUUUGGCAUGUGGUGGACUGCCGGGCUCCCGAACUUCACAGCGCUAGACUUUUACAUCCCUCCAGACGCGCUCCCGGAUGACGACGGUGUUGUGGACUAUCGAAACGAUGGCGUCCCGGAUGACCCCCUGUGGAUGCUUCUGAUAGGGAAAUAUGCUAAGGUCUUGCCUUCGAAAGCGGGCGGCGAGCUAGCUGUUCUCAAAGAGAGGAGCCAGGCCGAGUUCCGUGACCCGAACUCUCGCGGACUCGGAAGGACGGUCGAGACCCAGGGCGGCGGGCUGGCGGUGCUAAGGGCGCUCUGGGAACUUUCUAAGCAGAGUCUAUAG